AUGAGCAAUGGGCACGACCGAUCAUGGCUCAGGGGCCACGACGGCAGCGCGCUCCGGGCGAAGAGUAGCCCACUCGCGGGGCGGCUGUCUCACGUGCAAGCGGCGCCGACUGCGCUGUCCUGCUAUGCCUUCCAGCUGCAGUGGGAAGACGAGAGCCGCAAGCGCGGCAUCAAGCAUGGCCGCAGUAGUAGUAGUUCACGAGCAGACACGACAUCUACAUGGGUUGGCCUGCCCAUCGCAAGCAGAGUGCGGCAUUUCCUCAAUACCAGCGUGUGGGAUAUUGAGGGUGAACUCCCUACCACGACAUCGCUGUCAUCGCUGUCAUCUUCGUUGUCGUCAUCAUAUCGAGUCUGGUCGCAGAGACCGACCCUGUCGUCAUGGCCCAGAGCCAUCCCUACUCUGUCGUUAGAUGACCGUCAGGAUGCGUAUCUGUUUGACUACUACUGGCAAUGCGUCUGUAAGAACAUGACGCUGGUCGACGGCUCCUUCAACACCUUCCGCCAGCUUAUUCUUCCCCUCGCCAUGAGCAGCGAGUCCGUCAUGCACAUGGUGCUCGCCCUGGGAGCGCUCUCUCUCCACGCUGCCUCUGUCGCUGCGGGCCGCAACGACCACCGCCUGUACACCGUCGCGUUGCGGCACAAGCAUCGGUCAAUGCAGCUGCUGCGGCGACAUAUCGCGCAGGCAGAGACGGCGGCCAACGACCAGAAUCUGAUUGUCAUAUUGAUGCUGUGUGUGUUUGAGAUAUCAGACAACUGCCAACUCUCCUGGUCGACGCAUUUGUGCGCCGCUCUCGACCUGAUGCGGUUGGCGUCCACACAGCAUGCCGGCACAUCCAUGAUCACACCUGAAGUGUCCAGCUUCGUGUCAAGAUUCUUCCUCGUCAAGGAUGCCCUGGGCCGGACAGCGUGCGGCAAGAGGGCCAAGAUUAAACAGUUACCAACGGUCAAUUCUGCAGAGAUUGACCCCGCGAUUGGCUGCUCAUACGAACUGAUCGACAUCAUCUCGGCCAUCACCGAUCUUUCGCGGGAAAUGACCCAAGAUGCCACCUCGACAACAUCCGCCUCCUGGCUCGAGAAGACGGCUCAAAUCCAGCGCCAACUCGAGUCGUUGACGCAGUAUCUCCCAUCAUCUAUCUCAUCAUCAUCAUCAUCAUCAUCAUCAUCAUCAUCAUCAUAUUCUUCUUCUUCUUCACCUUCUUCCAACAAAGACCACCUCUCCGACACCGACAUCCUCCACCACACCUCCAACCUGAUCCACACGUGCGCAAAACUAUACUUCCUCGCGACCCUCCGCUCCAUCGACCCCUACGAUCCGCAAGCACGACAACUCGUGCGGGACGCCAUCGAGUGGGCGCGUCCCCUGUCACCGCGACAUCUCCGCUCGGCUCAUCUCUGGCCUUUAUUCGUGGCCGCGGUGUACGCGACACACGACGAAGAGCGGGUGUUUUUCCUCGACCAGUUCGAUCUCCUUCUCGUGUCGGAGGGCCAUCAGUCUGGCGCCCUCGUAGCGGCAGGGUCGGUGGGGAGAGUGAGGGAGAUUGUUGAGACGGUGUGGAAGAGGAGGGACCUGCGAAGCAGUAGUAAUCAUAACCAUAACCAUAACCCUAGCAGCAGCAGCAGCAGCAGCAGCAGCAGCAGCAGUGGUAGUACACCUAAUAUCAGAUAUUACAUCCCGCCGAACACGGACGAAAAGGAAAACACCUGCACUGUGACUCCCACAUCCACAUCCCCUCGCCCAUCCAUUAUUCACAAUGACUGGGCGCGCUAUGUCCAGCCGAUGAGCGAGGGGCUUUGUUUGGGAUGA